AUGACCAUCCUCCUCGCCAGUUCUGCCUCGGCACAUCACGAGUUAACCAAGGAGAUGGCGGAAUCGCCACGAUCACCCGACUCAACGGAGAAAGCUGUUACUGUGACGCGCUUCUUGAGAGAUGGUGGCACCAAUGACGAUGACAUCGCGCACAACGAAGGGAGAGGAUUCCUGAGCGACAAAUUCGCCACGAUAGCAAUCAAGUCCGGCAUGAAGAUCGCAUUGAAGAGCAACAAAGCUCCACGACACGUACUUGAGCAUCUAGUGAACACGGGUAAUCUGUUGACAGAGAAGAACCUCUUCCUGUGGCUGAAGUACGUGGUAAACUAUAGGAAGAAGAUGGGAUCUAUCUGGGCGGAUGAUGUGUAUGUUUUCAAAACCUUGUCCGACUUCUUGCCAGCGGAAAAAUUGCCGGCACUUUUCAAAGCAAUGGAGAAGAACCCGAACUUUAGGGAGCUCGGGAAAAAUUUGCAGAAGUUAAUGUAG